AUGCUUUCGCCAAUUGACGAGAAGCCCAAAGCGAAUUUCAAGGCAAAUGCCACAGGACAAGUGACCUGGAUGUCACUUCCUCGCAAAGAUCAGCUCUUCAUCUUGUUUAUCGGGCGCCUGGUCGAUUUCCUCCAGGUUGCAUCCCUCCAGGCUUAUGUUUUCUACCAGCUCAAGUCGUUUGAUGGCUCACUAUCCAGCACUCAGGUUGCUCGCCAGGCUGGCCUGUUACAGGGCUGCUUCACUGGCGCACAGGUCUUGACUGCGAUCCUCUGGGGCAAAGCUGCUGAUGCCAGCUGGUGCGGACGGAAAUGGGUUCUCGUCAUUGGUCUCGGAGGAACUGCCAUCAGCUGCUUAGGAUAUGGCUUCGCCACUACAUUUUUCUGGGCUGCUUUCUGGAGAGCUUUUGGGGGCGCGAUUAACGGCACUGUUGGCAUCAUUCGUACCAUGAUUGCCGAAAUCACAAAGGAGAAGAAAUACCAGUCCCGUGCGUUUCUGCUUCUGCCCAUGAGUUUCAAUGUGGCAGGAAUUCUCGGCCCAGUGAUGGGUGGUCUCCUAGCUGAACCCCAGACGACGCUUCCUGGGAUAUUCGGCGAGAAUGCUCCCUUGGGUUUCAAGUGGCUUCAGACUUAUCCUUUUGCAUUACCCAGCCUAAUCAAUGCUCUGUUGCUCACUAUUUCAACCCUGAUCACAUUUUUCUUUUUAGAAGAGGCAAGUACGAUCGAACACCAUCUUUGCCCCAGUCGACAGCCCUCUGAGCAUCGUGUUGCUGACUUAAUUACCUCUAAGGAGCGUAAGGGAAAGUUCGAUAUUGGCCUCCAUUUGGGUUCCCGGCUUAAAGCCUUCGUAACACGUUCUCGACCACACGAUGGAUACGCCCAGAUUGCCUACGACUGGCAGGACACAUCUGUGCAGAUGAGUACAAUAGAACCCGAUCACCAAAAGGAGCUCUUGGAAAAGACGGUUCGAGUACAGGAAAACAGAGUACUCCCUUUUACUCGUCUCUGGACACGCAAUGUCGUCUUCACCUUACUUACCGGGGCCUUUUAUGAUUUCCACCUAGGCGCCUUUACCAACAUCUGGUCACUCUUUCUCUCUACUCCACGAUAUCUUUCGUCAGAAGUCCAAACAUCCCCCUCGGAGAAGCGUAGUCUUCCCCUCCUGUUUACGGGUGGUCUGGGGAUGCCUGCGUCUACUGUUGGUUUGGCAACUUCUAUCCUAGGAGUUUUGGGAAUGGUUCUUCAAAUAUUCCUCUACCCUCCUGUUCAAGCCCGUCUGGGAACAAUUCGAUCCUUCCGAUGGCUUCUCCCUCUCUUUCCGGUGGCUUAUUUCAUUGCGCCAUAUAUUGCGAUCCUGCCUUCCGGGACCCAAGCCCCUGAACCAGCUUCAGGUUUCCUUAUCUGGUCAGGUAUCAUUAUUGUCCUGUUGUUUCAGGUCACGGCUCGCACGUUCACACUUCCGGCCAGCAUUAUCCUCCUAAACAACUGCUCUCCCCACCCAAGUGUGCUUGGUACGAUCCACGGCUUAGGUCAGUCCGUUUCAGCGGGCUUCCGUACUGUUGGCCCCGUUGUCGGCGGAUGGUGGUAUGGCUUUGGACUUGACAUCGGCAUGGUGGCUUGGGGCUGGUGGCUCACUGCAGCAAUGUCCGCUGUUGCCUGCCUUACUGCUCUUGGAAUGCAUGAGGGUUCUGGCCAUGAGAUCUUCCUCGAGGGCGAGAGGGAUGACGACGAUUAA